AUGGCAGACCCAAACCUUCCAGCAAAUAACCAAGAGAAUUACUCCGCUCCUAAGAGGGUUUCCUUUGGCCCUUAUUACCAUGGCAAGCCAGAAUUUAGCAGGGUUGAAGGACUCAAGCGUACAGUGCUUGAGGACUUUGCAAGAAGCUACAAAGAUUCAUUCCACAGACAAAUCUCUGAAAUGAUCGGCCAGAUUAAAAAAUUUUACGAUAGGGAUUCUACAGCAUAUGAUGAUGAAGCACUAGCAGAAAUGAUGCUUCUAGAUUCAUCUUUCGCUAUUUAUAUCAUGAAGAUUGAAUUGGGAUGCGGCAAAACAUUCGAACACUCCCGUCAGCAUCUUGGAAUAGCUGAAACGCCAUUUUUAUCCGAGGAUCUGAUUUUAUUCAAGAAUCAAAUUCCACUCGGGGUUAUUAAGCUCUUGUGUAAAUUAAUGCAUGGAAAUCAAUGCACUUUAAUUUACGACUUCUUAAGUUUCUUUAUUUUUAAGAAGAAAGAGCUAAUAAGUAGAAUUCCUGCAGGAGACGAACGGCAACCACUACACCUUCUGGAUGCUUCUUAUCAACUACUUGUCAAACACGGGAAUGACACAACUAAUGCAGGAGAAGAGACUCUUAACCAAGAAAGUUCAAAUGAACCAAGGGAAUUAUACAGUCUUCUACCUGUUUCAGUCACCGACAGCGAUAUUCCAGCACCAACAAAUGCAGGAGUAGAGACUAUUACCCAAGAAAAUUCAAAUGAAUACGAUCGUCAAUCUCUUUCAGUCACCGAACUCAAAGCAAAGGGCAUCAACUUCAAACCUAGUUCAUAUUGUUUGAAGGAUAUUAAGUUCGAAUCCCACAAAUUUUAUGGGCAACUUCAACUCCCGAUUUUCUUUUUUCAUGCUAAUUCCAAGCUAAGAUUUACGCAAAUGAUUGAACAUGAAAUGACUCUAGAAAAUGAGUAUAACUUUACUUUGUUAUGUUAUGUUAAUUUCAUGAAGUCGCUCAUUGUUAAAUCUGAAGAUGUUAAGGAACUGCGAGAAAAGAGGAUACUCUUCAGCGACCUCGACAGUGAUGAGCAGAUUGUGGAAGUAAUCAAAGGGAUUGAUACUCACGGACUUGGAACUGACUUCUUUUUUGAUAAGGAGAAGAACAAAAUUGUGAAGCACUGCAGCAGCAAGACAAAAACAUGGAUUGCUGAUCUAUAUCACACUCAUUUUCGCAGUCCGUGGACUUUUAUUUCCUUUCUCGCUGCCACUUUUCUUCUUUGCUUAACUUUUCUCCAGACCUAUUAUACAAUGAAUCCUCCCAAUAUUGGGUCAGUUUGUCUUCCUAUUAAUUCCUUCAAGUAUUGUAUUGGGUCACUAGUUAAUGAAGUCCAAAGGGUUAUGCUUAACCCAGUCCAGCAGUAG